AUUCGUAUAUCCCCAAAGCAAAGUCAGCGCGAAGAACGAAACAGACGGACGGAGCAACCACCCCAAGCUGACGACCAACGAGCAGAGCAAGGGAGGGAGGGAGGGAGGACCGGAGGAGGAGGAUGGGGCAGUGCCCGUGCUUCGGGUCGGCGCAGACUGCGGAGCGGGAGCGGGCGGCGGAGGCGGACCGGCUCGCGGCGCAGGAGGCCCGCGCCAAGGCCGCCGAGGCCGCGCAGAGGAGACAGGAGGAGUAUGAGAAGUCAGCAGCUGGAAGAGCAGCGAAAGCACAGAUGAAAGCUAUGAAGGAAUCCAAGACAUCAAACCAAGGAGAGCCAGUUCUUAAGUGGCAGAUGGGAUCAUGAAACUUCAUUUGUGUUGAUUUACAUCCCUGGGCAUGUACGCUGUUGACGGUCAUGGUCACCUUCUUGUUUGUGAUUUGUGUAGUUAGACCAACUCCAGCAGUGUCCUCAAAACACUGUGCGUAGCUUGGUAAUAGUGAUACGACCAGUUUUUGAGGUACGCAACAGCUCCACUCUAUCUAGUGCUACAGUGACGAGGGAGAGGGUUGAGGUACUCCAUGUUUAGAGUACUCUCUCCUUCCCUUAACACUGUUACAAAGGAUGACAUGUGGGCUGAAGAGGGAUGGGAAAUGAUAGAAGAUAUAAAAUAGGGUAGCUACUGGAGAUUUUAAAAAAUAUAGAGUACUGUAAUAGCCUUAUGUCAGUAAAGUGUACAUCCUUUUUAGUCAUCUGCUAUACUGUACAUGCUAUCCAGAGCUUGCCCAACUUUUCUGUUACAAGUUUGUGUUGUAUGAAUGAGCGAUGUAUAUCUUUAUGGACAGUGGUAGUCUGGUAGCAUUGGCAUAGAGAUUUUUACUCCUCUUCAUAGUUAUACAAGCUAUGUUCGUAGCCUGACAUCUGUAUCUCUGGUGUAAAUAAUUCGAUGGUCUAGAUCUGCAGUUACUGAGUUCUGCUGGAUCUUUUUUCUUCA